AUGGAUGAGCUAGAGCAAACAGAAAUAAGAGAAGAUGUGAACCAGCUCAAGGGGCAAAUGACCAAGAUCUUGGAGAUGUUACAAGCACUCGGAAAUAGAAAUGAUGGGAAUCCUUUGGUAGAUGAGGAGGUGCCCCAAAACACUCUUGUUCACCCAACGGGCGUCGUUCCACACCUUUUCACCAAUUAUCAAGAAGGGAAGACACAACAAGUUCCACCUUAUGGUCUUCCUCCAAGUUAUACCCCACCCAUAGACACUCGUCUCCCCAACAACAAUACACUGGUCGUGGCUACAAAUCCACAACAUGGUACUGGCGAGUUCCCUCAAGUGCAACCUUCACCACUUACUUCGGGCUUUCCUGGCUCUUCAUCGCAAGGAAAAUCUACCGAAGCUAAGCCGUUGUCCGCAGGUGCGAAUAAGAAAAAGGAGGAAGAAAGCCAUUUUGUGGCGUCAAACCCAGCUAAUCCUUCUUUCGUGCGUCGCCCUUACACUGCUGCAACUUCACAAAUCUCAGGUACUCUAAAUCAACACUUACAAGAGAAUCAAGAUUCAUAUGAAAGUCACGGGAAAAACUAUCGUGGGAGGAAGUUCGUACAUUUCGACCCAAUCCCUAUGACCUAUGCAGAGUUAUUACCGCAUCUGGUUAGCAAUUCUAUGGUAGCACUAUGUCCCGGGAAAAUUAUAGAACCACCCUACCCAAAAGGAUAUGACUCGAAUGCCGUGUGUGAUUACCACUCUGGGGCUGUAGGACACUCUACUGAAAACUGCUUAGCUUUAAAAUUUAAGGUGCACGAUUUGCUUAAGGCUGGAUGGUUGAAUUUUAAAGAAAACGAGCCUAGCGUGAAGAAUAAUCCUCUACCAGUCCAUGGUGGGCCAAUAGUGAAUGCAAUCGAAGAAAAUCACCAAGUAAUAAAGGAGGUCGAGAAAAUUAAGGCCCCGAUGGGACUGAUUUUCUCUGAGUUAUGUAAAUUUGGGUUAAUCCAAGGAAAUGCCGUUGUGAAAGCAAGAUGUCGUUGGGAAAAGGAUGACGGUAUGAUUGCAACCCAAUCAAAAGAAAAACUUGGCAUAACCAUCCCAAAGCCAUUGGUCAUUCAUUUCACUAAGGAGGAAAGUAUGAAUUCCCCCGGUGAUUUUAGGACCUUAAUAGUUCAGAUACCAAGCCCUUUUUCAUAUAAAGACAACAAAGCCGUACCUUGGAACUAUAAUGUAGAGGUACAUCUAGCUAAACAGAAGGACAAAGAUGUUUCUAGCUCUAAAACCACCGCUGUCACAAACGUUUCAGGAAUAGGAAUGACUAGAAAUGAUCGGAUAUGCUCCCCAGGAAAAUCACAAAGAGAAAUGAGAGUGGUGUUUGAGAAGGCAUACACAGAUAAAGAAGAAAAGAAAGUCGAAAAUGAGAAAGUGGAAAAUGAGGUUUCUAAUGAAGAAGCUCAGGAAUUUCUCAAAAUCAUCAAACAGAGUGAAUACAAAAUAGUCGACCAACUCAACCAUACUCCUACAAGGAUUUCAUUGUUAUCCCUAUUGAUGAAUUCUGAGUCCCACCGGAAGCUAUUGAUGAAAAUACUAAAUGAGGCUCAUGUCACUCACGACAUCACCGUGGACAAAUUUGGAGGCAUCAUAAAUAACAUCACAACCAACAAUCACCUAACUUUCACAGAUGAUGAGUUGCCGACCGAAGGGAGAGGGCAUAAUAAAGCACUACACAUAUCAGUAAUGUGCCUCGACCAUAUAAUGUCAAGAGUCCUCAUUGACAAUGGCUCCUCACUGAAUGUCAUAUCCAAAUCAACAUUAGCAAAACUACCUUGUGAUGGUACAUAUAUGAGACCAAGUCCCAUGGUUGUUAGAGCUUUCGACGGGAGUCGCAGAGAAGUAAUGGGGGAAAUCGAUCUCCCAAUUCAAAUAGGCCCGGUCACAUUCGAAAUCACGUUUCACGUGAUGGAUAUUGUACCCGCUUAUAGUUGCUUAUUGGGGAGGCCAUGGAUCCAUUCUGCCGGCGUAGUGCCAUCAACCUUACACCAAAAGCUGAAGUAUAUGAAAUGA